AAAAUAGUUCUACCUCAUCAGCUCAGGAUAAAGUAACUAAACAAAUAUGAGACUAGUAAUCUUGGAAACUUCUGACUCCGUGGGUCUUUGGGCUGCCAAAUAUGUUACCAAAAGGAUAAAUGAUUUCAAACCGGGACCAGAUAGAUAUUUCGUUUUGGGCCUACCCACGGGCAGUACUCCCCUGAGUAUGUACAAACAUUUAAUCGAUUUCUAUCAAAAAGGCCUAGUAUCGUUUGAAUAUGUGAAAACUUUCAAUAUGGAUGAAUAUGUGGGUCUUGCCCGUGAUCACCCGGAAAGUUAUCAUUACUAUAUGUUUGAGAAUUUCUUUAAGCACAUUAAUAUUGAUCCGAAAAAUGUCCAUAUAUUGGAUGGUAAUGCACCCGAUUUAGUAGCGGAAUGUAAUCAAUUUGAGGAGAAAAUCAAAGAAGCUGGUGGUGUAGAACUGUUUAUUGGUGGCAUUGGUCCCGAUGGUCAUAUUGCAUUUAAUGAACCCGGUUCAUCGUUGGUAUCACGUACUCGGGUCAAAACAUUGGCGCAAGAUACACUGGAAGCGAAUGCCAGAUUUUUCGAUAAUGAUAUGAGUAAAGUCCCACGACAGGCUUUGACAGUGGGUGUCGGCACCGUUAUGGAUGCCAAAGAGGUGAUGAUUUUAAUAACUGGCGCCCACAAAGCUUUCGCUUUGUACAAAGCCAUCGAAGAGGGUGUCAAUCAUAUGUGGACUGUCAGUGCUUUCCAACAACAUCCCAACACACUGAUGCUGUGCGAUGAAGAUGCCACAUUGGAGUUGCGUGUUAAGACUGUUAAAUAUUUUAAGUGCCUAAUGGAUGUCCAUAUGAAACUGAUUGAUGGAAUGUAAUAUC